AUGUACCCUGUUAUCGAUAUGCCUCUAGACGUAGUCGCUGAUGACGACGUCGAUUUGUUUGACGACGAGCCACUGGAGGAUGACAUUGAGGGCGAGGCCCUAUUAGCUGCUGACGAUCUCUUGCUACUCGCAGAUGCUCCUGCUGAGGAGGCAUCAUCUGCUGCACCUGCCCCUGCCCCAAGUUUCGCCAUCGAUUAUGAUAUUGAUGAGGAUUCCGACCCCGUCUUCCCACCUGGGUUCGACCCAGACCAGGACAUUGAGUUUAUACACCUAGAUCAGCCCAUGGAUGACCCAGUAGAUCCUGUUGACCCUGCGUUUGCUGAUCCCGCAGACUUCCAGAUGGAGUUUGACGACCCGGAGCCUGCUGUGGCCCCCGAGCCUGUAGUCGCUCCAAACCCCGAUGAUCAUGUUAUUGCUGAUGCCCAUAUUGAUGUACCACCAUUGUUAGAGGGUUCUGUUGAGCAUGUUGCUGUUAUACCCGCUGAUCCUGUUAUUGUUGCUCCUUUUCCUGACCCUGUACCCAUAGAGCCUGAUCAUGCACUCUUUGCGACUCAUGUCGACCCUCAGUAUACGCACACCCGGAAUGCGUGGAUUGACGAUGAUGAUGACUAUCCGCCUUUUGCGGUACCAGUUACACCUGUUUCAGCACCAGCUUCAGGUCCUUUUGAUGCACCCCUGUUCCCCACACACACUGCUGAUGCGCAUCGCGCAGAUCUGCCCAUCACAUUCCUCCAGGAGAUCCCUCUGCCACGUCCUGGAGAGGGCUCUUCCCGCCAGCCUUUCGGUCAUGCACCUUUUCUGACUGGAGGAGAUCAGUUCGUACCACAGAUCCCUCAUCAUACUGCUGUUCCGCCUGUUGCACCGUUUUCUGUGCCAUCUUUUGCUCCAUCUGGUGAGCCUUUUCUUUGGACUUCACCACCCAUCAUGCCACCAUCCGAUCCCUAUCAUCCUCUUCACAUGGGUUAUUCUGUAGAGGACAUUCUCAGAUCAUUUAUGAUCCAGCAGGAGGCACUCACUCGUCGCAUGUAG